GUGUCACGCAGGCGCGUUCGCGCGGCGUAGGUGGCGCUAGAGACGACCCGGGGGAUUGUAGGGCGACGGCGCUGCCGCCAUUUUGUGGGGUGUUUGUCGCAGCGGCCGAGAAAGGAAGACGGCAGUUUGGCGACAUUUCUCGCCCGAAGGGCCAUUUGCUUUUGCGGAGAUGCGGCAUUCCAAACGAACUCACUGCCCUGAUUGGGAUAGCAGAGAAAGCUGGGGACAUGAAAGCUACCGUGGAAGUCACAAGCGGAAGAGGAGAUCUCAUAGUAGCACACAAGAGAACAGGCAUUGUAAACCAUGUCACCAGUUUAAAGAAUCUGAUUGAUGUUCCAUUGGGACUGUUUACCAGAUUGCUUUCUAAAUUAGCCAGCUGGGGUUACUUUAAAAAACAUGCUCCAUGUGCAUCCCUCUUGAAGCUUCGCACUCUGUUGAAGAGGACACUCAUCCCAGUCAUUAUUUAGAAGCAAGGUCCUUGAAUGAGCGAGAUUAUCGGGACCGGAGAUACGUUGACGAAUACAGGAAUGACUACUGUGAAGGAUAUGUUCCUAGACAUUAUCCCAGAGACAUUGAAAGCGGUUAUCGAAUCCACUGCAGUAAAUCUUCAGUCCGCAGCAGGAGAAGCAGUCCUAAAAGGAAGCGCAAUAGACACUGUUCAAGUCAUCAGUCACGUUCGAAGAGCCACCGAAGGAAAAGAUCCAGGAGUAUAGAGGAUGAUGAGGAGGGUCACCUGAUCUGUCAAAGUGGAGACGUUCUAAGAGCAAGAUAUGAAAUCGUGGACACUUUGGGUGAAGGAGCCUUUGGCAAAGUUGUAGAGUGCAUUGAUCAUGGCAUGGAUGGCAUGCAUGUAGCAGUGAAAAUCGUAAAAAACGUAGGCCGUUACCGUGAAGCCGCUCGUUCAGAAAUCCAAGUAUUAGAGCACUUAAAUAGUACUGAUCCCAACAGUGUCUUCCGAUGUGUCCAGAUGCUGGAAUGGUUUGAUCAUCAUGGUCAUGUUUGUAUUGUGUUUGAACUGCUGGGGCUUAGUACUUACGAUUUCAUUAAAGAAAACAGCUUUCUGCCAUUUCAAAUUGACCACAUCAGGCAGAUGGCAUAUCAGAUCUGCCAGUCAAUAAAUUUUCUACAUCAUAAUAAAUUAACCCAUACAGAUCUGAAGCCUGAAAAUAUUUUAUUUGUGAAGUCUGACUAUGUAGUCAAAUAUAAUUCUAAAAUGAAACGUGAUGAACGCACACUGAAAAACACAGAUAUCAAAGUUGUUGACUUUGGAAGUGCAACGUAUGAUGAUGAACAUCACAGUACUUUGGUGUCUACCCGGCACUACAGAGCUCCUGAGGUCAUUUUGGCUUUAGGUUGGUCUCAGCCUUGUGACGUUUGGAGCAUAGGUUGCAUUCUUAUUGAAUAUUACCUUGGUUUCACAGUCUUUCAGACUCAUGAUAGUAAAGAGCACCUGGCAAUGAUGGAACGAAUAUUAGGACCCAUACCACAACACAUGAUUCAGAAAACAAGAAAACGCAAGUAUUUUCACCAUAACCAGCUAGAUUGGGAUGAACACAGUUCUGCUGGUAGAUAUGUUAGGAGACGCUGCAAACCAUUAAAGGAAUUUAUGCUUUGUCAUGAUGAAGAACAUGAGAAACUGUUUGACCUGGUUCGAAGAAUGUUAGAAUAUGAUCCAACUCAAAGAAUUACCUUGGAUGAAGCAUUGCAGCAUCCUUUCUUUGACUUAUUAAAAAAGAAAUGAAAUGGGAAUCAGUGGUCUUACUAUGUACUUCUCUAGAAGAGAUUACUUAAGACUGUGUCAGUCAACUAAACAUUCUAAUAUUUUUGUAAACAUUAAAUUAUUUUGUACAGUUGUGUAAAUACUGUAUGUUUUGUAUCAAUAGCAUAAUUAACUUGUUAAGCAACUGUGGUCUUGAUAAUGCAAUAGAAAAAUUAAAAUUAAUUUUUCUUUUUGAGAUUACCAUUUUUAAAUACCUUUGAAAUAUCCUUUGUGUCCAGUGAUAAAUGUGAUUGAUCUUGCCUUUUGUACAUGGAGGUCACCUCUGAAGUGAUUUUUUUUGAGUAAAAGGAAAUCUUGACUACCUUAUAUUCUUAAAGGAAUAUUCUUUAUAUACUUCAAAUUUAGAACUUUAGUUUUUUUCUGUAAUUGUUGAACAGGUGAUUAUUAUUAACUCUAGAUAAGCAGGUACUAGAAACCAAAACUCAGAAAAUGUUUACUGGUAGAAUUUAUUAAAGUGUAAGUGCUGUAUUUUUCAUUGGGUGAUAUCAGGGUGGUAAGUAGACAUUCAUGGAAAGGCAUCCAGUUUGUCCAUUGUGACAGUUUGUUUAAGAAAACCACAUACACACUUUAUUUAAGAUUAAAAUCUAACUGGAAAGUCAGCUUGGAAAAUGGACAUUUCCAAGUAUGUUUGGUGAGUCACAGAUAUAAAAAUAGAAAUUCUGAUGAGAGGUUUCGGUUUUUAAUACCAAGUCCUUAGGAGUCUUAACAUUGGCCAGCAUCUGUUUAUCAGAUGACAUAAAUAUGUAAACUUGUAAGAAUUAAGGUUAUUAAUUAGGCAAUUUAUGUUUGUGAGAAUUCUUACUGGAGAAAGAGGACUUGAUUGGAAAGCAUUUUGGGAAGAACGUGCUGCUGAAAUUUCCAGAAUUUAAUUGAUUGGUUAACAUAAACUUUGUGACUU